UCCUGAAUAGGUGGCGCCGUAGUAGCCGAUCCUGUACUUCAACUUCCGGUUUCUGCACUGUGCAACUAUUACAGUUGCAUUUUUAAUUGACGAUGCCAAGUACUUGUUGUUGUGUACCUGGAUGUCAUUUAAGAGGAGGACAUGCAUUUCCAAAUGACUUAAAAAGAAGGAAAAGUUGGAUCAACGCCAUGGCCCAUACGCAGAUUGGACGAGAACACGAUGAAAUCGUGGAGUCCAUCUCAAUCAGCUGUUGUUUGCAAGGCACAUUUUACUGAAAAAGACUACGUGCAGGAAACUAUUCAUGGGCACAAACCCACCAUACAGAGACUUAAGUCUACUGCCAAUCCCAGCCUAUUUUCCUGGACCAAGCAAGAGACUGAAUCGUCCGCAAAAAGAAAAAUCAGGGCAGUUUCCUGUGAAAACAAAAGAACUAAACUUGAUGAAUAUUGUAGUAGAAAUCCAGAGGAAAGUUUUGAUUGUAAAGUUGGUUUUCCUGAAGAAGUAAUUCAUACUGCAGACAGGAUUUAUGACUAUCCACCACCAACUGCCGAGCUAAUGUUGAGCUUCACAGAUGGAAUUACGCAAACACCAUCAAUGCCUAUAUUUUCAGCAGAGAAUUUUGAAAUGAAGACACGUGACACAGCCAUGCAUUUUUAUACCGGUUUAGAGUUGUAUACUAAAUUUUUAUUUGUUUUGACCACACUUGGUCCAACAGCACAUUGUUUGAGAUACAUAUAUAUUCAAAUUGAUAGGGUGUCAUUUGAAAAUCAGUUUUUUUAUGACUUUGAUGAAAUUGAUGCAUUAUACAACCAACUUUGAACUGUCUAGAUUCUAGAUUGAAACUAGUGUUAAGAAUAUUGUGUAAACAUGGAUUGUUUUUAUGUCUAAACAGUGGCGUGAGGCUAACACUUGGCCAUUUAGUGGUUUAGUCAGGUAUUUUUCGCCAUCCAACUUUAAAUUAAAGUUUCCUACAACUUGGAUUAUUAUUGACAGCACAGAAUAUCCCGUGAUAAAACCUAAAGCUCCUAGAGCUCAGGCAACCUUUUCAUCAUAUAAAAACAGAAACACUGAAAAUACUUGUAUGUUCGACACCUGGUGGUUUAGUCAACUAUGUCUCUAAUGCAUAUGUUGGUUGUACCAGUGACUGUGAAAUAGUUGAAAGAUGUAGAAUACAUCAAUUAUGUGAUCCAGGUGACAGUGUGAUGGCAGACAAAGGUUUAAAUAUGCAAGAUUUGUUUGCUCACUUUUUUCAAAAAAAGAAACAGAAUAAGUUCCAAAACUCUUAUACGGGAUAGAAAAGUCUCCAAUUAACACGUGCACAUAGAGCUAAUUAUUGGACUUGGCAAAACAUACAAAAUUCUAAUAAAUCCUAUGAAUGGAACUGAAACAAAACUUUCAUCUGAAAUAACAUUUAGUUGUUUUAUGUUGUGUAAUUUUAGAACUUGUAUUGUGCCAAAGGAUGCAUAAAUAAAAGUGACGCAAUGAA